CUGUUCUGUCUUUCUCCUAAUAGGACUUCCCGAGAAGUGCUAACUGUCUGUCUCAUUCAUGGCUUCUGGAGCUGUUUUCAAUUUGUCUGAUUCUAGUCUUCUCAAAAUCCUUCAAGGUGACAUAACCGAGUGGUCCGUGGAUGCGUCCGCCGAUGCUAUUGUCAAUCCAGCAAAUAAACGAAUGCUAGGUGGUGGUGGCGCCGAUGGAGCAAUACAUAGAGCUGCUGGGCCACAGAUGAGAGCAGCAUGCUAUGACAUCCCUGAGGUUCGUCCUGGAGUGCGUUGUCCAACCGGUGAAGCAAGAAUCACACCCGGUUUCAACUUGCAUGCAUCUCAUGUGAUUCACACUGUUGGACCAGUCUAUGACUCAGACGUCAACCCUAGAGAAUCCCUCACUAGUUCUUACAGAAAUUGUCUUACAGUGGCAAAGGAAAACAACAUCAAGUACAUUGCAUUUCCUGCCAUAUCUUGUGGGAUUAAUGGAUAUCCUUCUGAUGAAGCUGCUGUGAUCGGCAUAUCGACGAUCAAAGAAUUCGCCAAUGACUUUAAAGAGGUGCAUUUUAUUCUGUCCGCGGACGAUAUUUAUAACGUGUGGGUAAACAAAGCAAAUGAGAUGCUACAAGAAGCUUAAGAUUCCAUCUGCAGGCUAAGUGAAUGGCCAAGUAAACAUGAGUAAAUAAGUUGUGUUAGUGUGAUGAGAGCCUUGUGUUAUACUCCACACAAAGGAAACAUUUGCCGUUUUGUGUUAUGUGAUG